GAGGUGCCGGUGCCAUCUGUGCGGCCCAGUUUGCGGCGGCGGCCGGAGCCGGAGGAUGAUGCUGCCAAGGCAGCGGCUGUAGCUGGCUCUGAUCCGGAGUUUGAGAUUGAGAUGUAUUCGGAGUAUUCUGGUUUUGAGUCCGACAAUGACUCUGGAUGUGACUGUGCUUCUGCCGACUUUGAUUCUGAUUCUAUUUCAAUUUCUAAUGAUGACACAUUUGGCACCAUGGGUGGAAAGAAUGGACCAGUGGUCGCGCCACGGCCUGCUUCGGAUUCAGCUCGUCGUCACGGGUUGCAUGACGGUGUUUUCUACUUUGAACCCCCGUCCUGCCCUGAGCCUGAUGCGUCCAAUCUGCAUCCGGCAGAACAGCUGGCGCUACGUAUGCUUGCAGAAGGGGCUGCUUCAUAUCAGGCCCUAGACCAGUUGCUCACUUUGCUGCCACACGACGCCAAGAAAAGACGUGCCAGCGUUGACGGGCGCUGGGGGGCUGGAUCGAAAAUUUUUAGCACUGGCGCCUACUACUGGUGCGGUGCGUCUAGUGUGAGACGAAACCUCAACCUGUUCCCGCAUGCCAGCCGCCUAUUGGCUGGAAUCGUCGGGGUAAUUGAUCCAGAUCACAAGUUCUCCACACUCAGUAUGAUCAGAAACGUCUUGUUACCCAUCCAUCGCGACGAUGGCAACCUGGCAGGCAGUCAUAACCUGGUGAUCCGGUGCUCUGUCUGGGACCACGGGGAAAUCUGGAUUGAGCAGACGGGGGGCUCACAGAUGCGCCGCGUACGCGGCAAUGAUGUGCCUGGCGAGCUGCAUGAGUUGACACGACCCGUGCGAUUCAACCCUCACCUGUUGCACGGUACUCAUGAGUGGGAAGGUACCCGAACCAUUAUCACUGCCUUUCACGUUCGUGGCACGGAUUCUCUGGCCUGUACAGAUCGGAUGAAGCUAAGCGACUUGCAGUUUCGAAUCCAGUGA